CAAUGUUAUAUUCUGUAGUAGUCCUUCAGUUCAGAAUAAGUUAUUGCUCAAGAUAGAAGUGUUUAAAAUUAAAAUGAAUCCAAUAAAUUCCAAAGUCUAUUUUACGCAAGUAGUAGUGACGUUGUUAUGUUUUAGUACGGGAUCGUUGGGAGGUAUCCUACCGGAUUACAUUCACGUUUGUCCCAGUUUAACUUCGGAAUGUCUAAAGAAAACUAUCCAGGAGACUAUACCAGAGUUUGUCAAAGGUAUCCCAGAAUUGGGCAUAGUGCCCAUCGAUCCUAUUACACAUGAUUAUAUAGCUAUUGAACUGCCUGGAGGUCUUAAACUGGAGCUAUUCAAUGGACGAAUUACUGGCAUAAGGAAAUGUAUAGUGGAUAACGUGAAGUAUGAGAACAAACAAGCUGAUAUAGAUAUUCAUUGUCAUUUGUUAAUCAAAGGAAGGUACAAAGCACACGGUAAUAUACUUAUUGUCCAAAUAAAUGGAGAUGGUGAUGCCAAGUUAAAAGCAACAAACGUUACUAUUAGUGCAAAAUUGAAGUUUGAGGACCAAGAACGUAAUGGAACUGUGUAUCAUGAAAUAAAAGAUAUAUCUGUGAAACACAAAUUUGUGGAUAGAGUUGUGUUUGAUCUGACAAAUUUGUUUAAAGGUAGCCCGGAAAUAAGCGAUGCUGUUUUACAUUUCCUGAAUGACAACUGGAAGGUCGUCGCAGAAGAGUUUGGGGAUCCAAUAGUUAACACAAUCGUGAAUUAUGUAGUUGAUAAUAUAAAAAGAUUUUUCAGAGGCAUCCCAAAAGAUCAAAUCAUUGUUAACAAUAAAUAAAUAUUUUUUGAUUAUCCAAUGUACUGUCAGAAUGAGACUAAACCAAGUGAUUUUUUUGUUUCUUGUAUAAAAGUAAUAUAAGUAUAUCAAAAAUAAAUCAAAUUGUACCUGUAAAAACGAAUAAGGGAAAGUGAAUUUUCCCCAAACAAUAUCCUUGAUAAGACCUGGUAUUAAAGGAAAAAUGUUUUUAAGUAUAGGUAGGUAAAAUAUUAAAUUAAUUAGAUAAAUGUUCAAAUAUAAACUUCAAAACUAUUUUUUUGUUUACUACUGGCAAAACAUCAUAAAUAUUUUUUUUUUCAUUACUUCAAAAUAUAUCGACUUUGAAUAAAUUAAGUUCACAUUUUUAAACGACAGAUUUUAAAACAUUAAUAAAAAAUCGCUUGCAGGAAUUAAUUUUAUA